AUGCCAUGUCAGACCAGUCUGAGAAUAUCAUGCAGGCGACUGCCAUGUAAGACCAGACUGAGAAUAUCAGCCAGACUAAGAACAUCAUGCAGGAGCCUGCGAUGUAAGUCCAGACUGAGAAUAUCAUGCAGGAGCCUGCCAUGUAAGCCCAGACUGAGAACAUCAUGCAGGAGCAUGCCAUGUCAGACCAGUCUGAGAAUAUCAUGCAGGCGCCUGCCAUGUAAGACUAGACUGAGAAUAUCACGCAGGAGCCUGCCAU